AAAGCGGCUACUUUUGACUGGAACACCAGUUUCAAUAGUUGAAAGUCGAAUUAUCGAGUAAAUAGAAUUGGAAGGGUUGUUAAGAUUUUUGUUUAGGUGUACUUUUCUAACAUCGGCUAAGAAUAAUGUCGACAGCAAUGAAUUUUGGUACUAAAUCAUUUGCUCCUCGGCCACCGGAUAAAGGAGCAUUUCCGCUUGACCAUUUUGGUGAAUGCAGUGAAUUCAAAGACAAUUUUAUGAGGUGUCUCAGACAAAAUAAUUUUGAAAAUUCAUUGUGCAGGCAACAGUCUAAAGAAUACCUACAGUGCAGAAUGGAAAGGCAACUCAUGGCUAAAGAACCAUUGGAAAGACUUGGAUUUAAAGAUUUGCAAGACAAAGAAAAAGUAGAGAACAAGCCACAGUAAAUCAUAUCCAAGGACAAAUCUUGAAUAGCACUUGAAAAUUCCUUAUUGAGGACUGCUGAAUGCACUGAUUCUAGUCAUAUUUUCAGAAGUGUGGCGAGAGCAUACCAGAAUUCUUUCUUGACUUUUUCACUUCAGAAAGCAUAGCGCAUUAGAACGUGUGUGUACGUAUGUGUAUAUUAAAUGUAUGAAUGUGUUAAUGCUGGCAUAUCUUUUAGAAAUUUAAUUUUACUGUCAUUUGUAAUGCAUGAUACCAGAUUAUAAAUUGUAAAAUUGAGCAGUGUUUUUUUAUUUACUGCCUUGAUGAAAAAGUGACAGCAGCCCCAAGUCAACUUUAAAAUAGUAUACCCUUCUCAUUUUAAAACCAAGGAUCUAUGGAAGGAACUUGGAAAGACCUUCACCAGCCUAGCUGUGGAUUUCUGCACCAGCUGCAGUCUGUGAAUUUUGUAGCAGUAGUCUGUAUAUCUCAAGAGGAAGGUCUCAUAAAAGAAUGCCUUUGAGAUUUAUUCGGUCACUUUCUGCAAAAUGCAGUUCACAAAGACCAGGUUCGAACCUUCCAUUUCUUUGAAAUGUACUGUAAAGAACUGACAAAAUUCAUUUAGCAGCAAUUCCAUUUGGACACUUUUGCUUUUGCCAGUUUGUAUCUAUGCAUUUCUAAAGUAAUUUUGAAGUAAACGCCAGCACCAGAGGGCUCUGACUGGCUAAGUUUGCAGACUGUAAGCUAAGAGCAGUGGAGUCCUGAAAUGACCUGGCCAUCCUGCAAGAUUUGUCCCAAAUAAAUAACUAGUGCCAAAGUCAUGGACUGUAACUGAAUGCUAAAAAAUACAUUGUAUCCUUUGGGAAGUAAUCUAUCCUGAGGAGUUACCACAUUAAGUAUACACCACUAAGAGUUUAUCCUGUUGUUUGGAAUUUAGAAACUUACAUGGAUAGUGACCUAACUUUUGAGUAAUAUGUGUCCGUUGUAAGAAGGCCUUUGUAUAUUAUACAGCUAAUAAAGGGAUUGUGUCUAGA